AAACCCCAAAAGGGAUGAACUGUGCAAACCUGAAUACACGAUUAGCCACUUGUAAUAUGAAAUAUCAGAAAAUAUUUUGUUUGGCACCUGAAAAAGCAUGAAGAGUAAAACUUUAAUGGAUGAUGAAACAUUCCAUAUUUCAAAAGUAAGAGAGGUGCUGCUGUGGAGCUGUGCUUUUUGUGCUCAUGGGAUUUUAUUACUCUCACUGGGGCUAUGUCCCACCCUGUUUUCUAGUAACUCAUACCAGAAAAGGUGUGCCCCGACACAAAUGGAAAGAAGCAGGUCUCGAAGAUAUGAAGCAUGCAUAUCUCACUUUUUUCUGUCAUUCAGAAAAUCAAGAUGGAACUUAAGGUGUUUGUUGCUGCUUUUUCAGAUGAAUUGGUCCAUGGAAAGGACACAGGGCUUAAGCGAGCUCUUGUGCUGUGGCUUCAGGAGUGAUGCUCAGCAUCCAGACUUUGGUUUCAAUCACACCCCCCUUCACCUGGAGCUGAGGCUUGGAACUCUGAGCUGUUGUGGCUGGGAUAACACACAGGACAAAAGUGAGCCCAAUGCACGAACCAGCCUUUAUUGGUAAUAUCAGAGUGAUGCUGGAGGACCAGUUCCUAUCUGGGACAUCCAGCUUGUCAUUUACUGGUGAGGAAGAAGGGGUUGAGGGUAUGACAAGCCUGCUGGUGAACAACACCUGCAUCAGUGAGGGAACACUGGCAGGGAGCUGUGCCAGUGCCUGGGGUAGAGCGGUGCUGCUGUCUGUAUGUGAUAGAUGAGGUGGGGAUAUAUGGACAAGAGUGGACACCUCCAUGUGUACACAGUGAUGCCCAGGCUUUGGCACAGCCCUGUGUGCGUGCGGGAAUGGCCAGGUUCAGGCACAGCUCUGUGCGAGUGCGGGGAUGCCCGGCUCGGGCUAUAAGCUCUGUGUGCGUGCAGGGAUGCUCAGGCUCAGGCACAGCUCUGUGUGCGUGCGGGGAUGCUCAGGCUCAGGCACAGCUCUGCGGAUGCGUGGAUUCCUGGGCCAGUGCUGCCAGCGGCGGAACGAGGCGAGGUCGCAGCUGCCGCCUUUGUCCCUCGGUGUCCCGGCCCACUGCCCCUUUAAGAGGCCCCGCGCCCGCGGCUCACUCUCCUCCCCUUCCGCAGCGGCGCGGAGCGGGGCCGGGGCGAUGGGCAGCGCCGGGCGGCAGCUCCCGCGGGGGCGCGCGGGGGCUCCGGUAGCGGCGGGGUUCGGGCAGGGGCAGCGCUCACCUCGCGGCUCCGGGAGCGUGUGCGCCCCGAGCGCAGCACAAUAGCCAGGAGGAGGAGACAGGGAAAGGGGCAGGGGGGAAGGAGGAGAGAGAAAGGGAAAGCGCGACACGGGGGCUGCCGAGGGGAGCGCGAAGCGAGGACCCGGGCGGCGGCGAUAUUCACCUUCCCUCCCCCGCCCGAGCCCGCUCCUUUGUCCGCCCGCCUGCCAAAGCUCUGCGAUCGCCGGGGCGGCAGCGUGGUUCGCUCGCCGGGGAUCGGUCGUGCCGCGGGGAGCCCGAGGAGGACCCGGGAGCACAGAGCACUACCCGCAUCGCCGCUCGCCUCCCUGCAUGGCCCGGGGGGGCGGCGCCGCGAGCUGACCCCGCCGGAGCUGCUGCCGCAUGUGAGAUCCGGUUGGUUUGUUCUCUUCGCGUCUCUCUCUCUCUCUCCAGCCUCCUUCCCCUGUUCUCCACUCGCUCCUGUAUGCAAAAUGGUGGACCCUGUGGGGUUUGUGGAGGCUUGGAAAGCACAGUUUGCAGACUCUGAGCCUCCUAAAAUGGAGCUGAAAUCUGUGGGAGACAUUGAACAGGAGCUGGAGAUGUGCAAGGCAUCUAUCCGGAGACUGGAGAUGGAGGUCAACAAGGAGAGGUUCCGCAUGAUUUACCUGCAGACCCUUCUGGCAAAGGAGAAAAAAAGCUAUGAUAGACAGCGAUGGGGCUUUAAACGUAUUUCUCAGUUGCCUGAAGGGGGUGCAGACCAGCAGAUCCAAGACCUGCAUCAUCACCAAUCUGCUGACCAAGACGAAUAUGAAAAAAGCAAGUCACACCACGGGGAGGAAAAGUUCAAACCUAGGAUACCAUCUCUGCGGAAGCUGUCUACCCAGAGCGAUGGGUCGGACCUGUCACCUUCGGACAGCCCCCACCAUGGAGACGGGGAGCAGGAGAGGUGUAAGUACUAUGGUGACGAGAAACUGAAGAGAGUUGUAGAAGAUAUGGAGAAUCGCUGUGAUGCAGAUGGCUCUCCUUCGAAACAGAGAGUGGCUUCCACUCGCAGGCUGGUGGGAUCAGCUGAGAAGGAGGGAUCAUUGGAACCUAAGGAGAGAGGGAACAGCACCAGCGUGGCAGCCCUAAGGUCCAAUUUUGAGAGGAUUAAAAAGGUUAAUUCGCAUUCUGGGGAUAACAAGGACGUUGUUGAAAAGCCCUUUUAUGUGAACAUGGAGUAUCAUCAUGAGAGGGGUCUAGUAAAGGUCAACGAUAAAGAUGUCUCCGAUAAAAUAAGCUCUCUCGGUAGCCAAGCGAUGCAAAUGGAGCGCAAAAAGUCUUUGCACUCCCUCCCUUCUAACAUGGUACCCAGCUUCAGCGAGUUCCAGAGGCCGGCUUACAGGGGAAGGUCCUCAGAGAGCAGCUUUGGCUACGAUGGAGAAUAUGAGGAUGCUGAACUGAACCCCAGGUUCCUCAAAGAUAACCUGAUUAAUGCAAAUGGCAGCAGCCGCUCCCCUUGGCAGCCCAUGGACUUCCAACCCUAUCAGAGUAUCUAUGUUGGUGGAAUGAUGGGGGAAGGAGAAGGGAAAGGGCCUGUUCUGCGAAACCAGGGCACAACUGACCAGGAAAAACAUCUCACUUGGCCUAGGAGAUCUUAUUCCCCCAGGAGUUUUGAAGAUAUUGGAGGAGGGUAUACUCCUGAUUGUAGCUCUAAUGAGAACCUCACCUCCAGCGAGGAAGACUUCUCUUCAGGUCAGUCCAGCCAUGUGUCCCCCAGCCCCACCACGUACCGCAUGUAUCGGGAUAAAAGCCGAUCUCCCUCCCAGAACUCUCAGCAGUCCUUUGACAGCAGCAGUCCACCGACCCCUCAGUCUCAGAAACGGCACAGGCAGCAGCAGGUCAUUGUGUCUGAGGCCACUAUUGUGGGUGUACGGAAAACAGGACAGAUCUGGCCGAGUGAUGGCGAUCUGCCUUCUGGGAGAUGUCACCAAGACAGCUGUUUCCAUGGGGAUACAGAUGCUUCAUUCGGUGGCACACCGCCCAGCUAUGCGUACGAUGCAGACCGUGCUGAAGAGCAGAGGCGACAUCAUGAGAUGAUGCCCUAUAUUGAUGACUCGCCAUCAUCCUCACCCCACCUCAGUUCCAAGAGCCGGGGCAGCCGAGACACCCUGUCCUCAGGGUCUCUGGAAUCUACAAAAUCUAGUGAGCCAGACCUGGAGAAAGGCCUGGAGAUGAGAAAAUGGGUCCUUUCGGGAAUCCUCGCAAGUGAAGAAACCUACCUGAGCCACUUGGAGGCUCUGCUGCUGCCCAUGAAGCCUUUGAAAGCAGCUGCCACCACCUCACAGCCCGUGCUGACGAGUCAGCAGAUCGAGACAAUAUUCUUCAAAGUGCCUGAGCUCUACGAGAUCCACAAAGAAUUCUAUGAUGGGCUCUUUCCCCGAGUGCAGCAGUGGAGUCACCAGCAGCGCGUGGGUGACCUCUUCCAAAAGCUGGCCAGCCAGCUGGGAGUGUACCGGGCCUUUGUGGAUAACUACGAGGUUGCUAUGGAGACAGCGGAGAAGUGCUGCCAAGCCAACGCUCAGUUUGCCGAGAUCUCAGAGAAUCUAAAGGCUAGAAGCACGAAGGAAUCUAAAGAUCAGACGACGAAAAAUUCCCUGGAAACUUUACUAUACAAGCCAGUGGAUCGAGUGACUCGCAGCACACUUGUCCUGCAUGAUCUGCUGAAGCACACUCCAGUGAGCCACCCUGAUCAUCCCCUCCUGCAGGAUGCUCUGCGGAUUUCGCAGAACUUCCUCUCCAGCAUCAAUGAGGAGAUCACUCCUCGCCGGCAGUCCAUGACUGUGAAGAAGGGGGAGCACCGUCAGCUGCUGAAGGACAGUUUCAUGGUGGAGCUGGUUGAGGGGGCUCGCAAACUGCGUCAUGUCUUUCUUUUCACUGAUCUGUUCCUGUGUGCCAAGCUCAAGAAGCAGAUUGGAGGAAAAAGCCAGCAAUAUGACUGCAAGUGGUAUAUCCCCCUCACUGAUCUGAGUUUCCAAAUGGUGGAUGAAUCUGAGGCAGUUCCCAAUAUCCCACUAGUACCUGAUGAGGAACUGGAUGCCAUGAAGAUCAAGAUAUCCCAGAUCAAGAAUGACAUUCAGCGUGAAAAGAGGGCCAAUAAAGGCAGCAAGGUCAUUGAGAGGUUGAAAAAGAAGCUCUCAGAGCAGGAAUCCCUCCUACUGCUGAUGUCUCCCAACAUGGCCUUCCGGGUACACAAUCGUAAUGGCAAGAGCUACACAUUCCUCAUUUCAUCAGACUAUGAAAGGGCAGAAUGGAGGGAGAACAUCCGGGAGCAGCAGAAGAAAUGCUUUAAAAGCUUCUCCCUUACAUCGGUGGAGCUCCAGAUGCUGACAAACUCCUGUGUGAAGCUUCAGACAGUCCACAACAUUCCCCUCACUAUCAAUAAGGAAGAUGAUGAAUCCUCCGGUCUGUAUGGAUUCCUGAAUGUCAUUGUCCACUCUGCCACAGGAUUCAAGCAGAGUUCCAAUUUGUACUGCACAUUGGAGGUAGAUUCUUUUGGGUACUUUGUGAACAAGGCCAAAACUCGAGUUUACAGAGACACCACAGAGCCCAACUGGAAUGAGGAGUUUGAGAUUGAGCUGGAAGGCUCGCAGACUCUGCGGAUUCUGUGCUAUGAAAAGUGCUACAACAAAACCAAGCUCACCAAAGAGGAUGGGGAGAGCACAGAUCGCAUAAUGGGGAAAGGGCAGAUCCAGCUGGACCCGCAGGCGCUGCAGGACAAGGACUGGCAGCGCACAGUCAUCUCGAUGAACGGAGUUGAAGUGAAGCUUUCGGUGAAGUUCACCAGUCGGGAGUUCAGCCUGAAAAGGAUGCCGUCCCGGAAGCAGACGGGAGUUUUUGGGGUCAAGAUCGCCAUUGUCACCAAGAGAGAGAGAUCGAAGGUGCCUUACAUAGUGCGUCAGUGCGUGGAGGAGAUAGAGCGGCGUGGAAUGGAGGAGGUGGGCAUCUACCGUGUCUCUGGGGUUGCAACCGAUAUCCAGGCUCUGAAAGCUGCCUUUGAUGUCAACAACAAAGACGUGUCAGUGAUGAUGAGUGAGAUGGAUGUCAACGCCAUUGCUGGCACCUUGAAGCUGUACUUCCGCGAGCUGCCUGAGCCCCUCUUCACGGAUGAGCUGUACCCCAACUUUGCCGAGGGCAUUGCACUUUCAGAUCCCGUUGCAAAGGAAAGCUGCAUGUUGAAUCUAUUAUUAUCGCUUCCAGAACCCAACCUUGUGACAUUCCUUUUCCUCUUGGACCAUUUAAAAAGGGUUGCUGAGAGGGAAAGCGUUAACAAGAUGUCCCUGCAUAAUCUUGCAACCGUCUUUGGGCCAACGCUGCUCCGGCCUUCAGAGAAGGACAGUAAAAUCCCUGCCAACCCAACGCAACCCAUCACCAUGACUGACAGUUGGUCGCUGGAAGUCAUGUCCCAGGUUCAAGUCCUCCUGUACUUCCUGCAGCUGGAGACAAUCCCCACCCCAGACAGCAAGAGGCAAAGCAUCCUCUUUUCCACAGAGGUGUAGGUGCCUGCGAGACCAACAGGACACACAGAACUGCUCUUGGCAUAAACCCACCACGCCUGAGGAAGGAGACCAGUGUUUUUGGGACAUUGCUGGCCUGUUCCCACCCUGGGGAACCACAGCUCUCGGUGCCCCUGCUGGGUUACCCAGGGACCAGCUGGAGAGAAGGGAGAGCCCCAGGACUGAACUGGAGAAGAACUGCGCAGGGUCUCCGCUUGGAGGAACAAUGGACACUUGAACUGUGCAUCCCCGAGUGUGGCUCUUUUUCUUGUUGAGAAUGUGACAGAAGGUAUUCCUCCAUUUUAUGGAUUUAAUUUAUCGUUAAGGAACUUCAGGCUUUCUACUGGACCACUGGAUAGGAUCCCCGUUUGGGUGAGGGGAUUAAAGGAGCAAUCACAACUGUGUCUUUAAUAACUGCUGUUUUUAACGUACUGUUCUAGGCCACAAUAAUAGCGUUGCUUUGCAAGAGGAGAGGAGAAGGAAGGGUCUGGAUCUGAGAUUCCCUCCUUGGAAGUUCAAGUCUUGAUUUAAAUCGGGUUCUAAAGAAAGGGAACAGUUUUGCAUACAGCUGGAACUGCUGGUUUGUGUGGAGUUCGGGUUUUUUUGUCUCCCACACCCCUUCCCUUGCAGGUGCUUGUCCAGCUGUAGGGAAGGAGGUGCCCUGCUCUUGCUCAUGUCGCACCUUGGAUGGGUUUUGGGUUCAGGGAACCAAGGCCAGUGAAGUUAAACCAUGAAACAUGGAGAAAAUUCCAGAGAGGCUGGGAGUAUAAGAGUCAGUGAUUCCAUUUGUGAUCCUGUGGUUGGUUUGUGUAUGAAAGCGGAGACAAAAUGAUCCAGGCAGGGUUGCUGGAUUCCUUAGACCCCACCAGACUUAACAAAAAUUAAAUGGGAAAGCUGUUAAUUCCCACCACUCCAAAGAAAAGAUGUUAUCACCGCAGAAAGAACAGAAGCAUUUGUGGGCAAAAAAAGAUAUCCAGUGGCUGUGGGUUUGGCUGGCCGCUUCCUCCAACCUCUCACCAGAACAGCUUUGUUUUGAGGCUUGUUUGGAGGCUUUGUACGUGGCUCCUAGGAGAGUCUUUUUCCGACGGAUACACACAGUUUGAUAAAGUGUGUCGGAAUGUCUUUCACAGACAGCCUAACAAGCAGCACUCGCUGUGUGCUCUGCAGAAAUUCCAGCCCUAUUCCAGAUCGGAACAGGGAGGAAACUUCUAUGGAACCACAGGCAGUGCAGAAGCUCUGGCCAAACCAUGGCUUUGUGCUUCCCUGCCCAAAUAAGUUAACGCCGCACGGGCAGCAUCCUCGCGUUGCUGGUGUCUGGAGCAGAGCACUCUGGCCGUGAAGCAGCCAUGCCAAACAGCUCAGGGCAGCAGGAGCCAUUGCACUGCAGCCCCUUGGCUUCCUACCCGCUAACAGAGCAUCCCUUAGUGGCAUCCAUCCAUCCUCAUCCUGGCCAGGAGGAAAGCACAGCCCAAAGACAAGGGAAGGAAUCGGCAUGGGAAGGGGAGGGAGGGAAAGGCCUUGAAAGAUUGUAGAGUUAGGUUGUCAACAUCGUUUAGGGGGAAAUAUGACAAAGAAAAUAAACUAUUGUGCUGAAUUUCACUUUUUCCAAAGGGUGAUCUGCAGCCUCUCAAUUGAAACAAACAAACAAAAAAAAGUCUUUCAAACAAAUGAAAGAAAAAAAUUAAAGGGAAAUUAUUUUGUAUUCACUGUAAUUGACUGCGGCAGAACAUCAGAAAUUACUGUACUGUGAAGGUGCAAAUUCAAACAGGAACCAAUAUGAAUUUCAAUUUUGUGAGUAUAUCGAUAUUCUGCAUGCGUUGUAAGGAUUCUUAUAGGAAUUUACUAUUGCUUAGUGUCCCUCCUUCCGUAGGUCUGGGAGCAAACUCUUUGUAAUGUAACGUACGACUAGAAAUCCCUGCUCUCUUGUAUGUAUUUCCACUACAUUCCAACUCCCGAACCUGGGAAACAACGAGUGUUCCUAGUAGGAGGUGCUUUUGGGGGAGGGAGGGGAUGGAGGUGAGGCAGCCUGGAGGCUUCAGAUUUUCUUUUGUUUUGGUUUUUUUUUUAGUUUCUUGCUUUUUUGAAGGUAGAAAUUAGUCACACUCCUGAAAAACAGGGCCUGAAGAGCCGUCCUGCAGAGCAGCUGAGUGAAGGGCGCUCUGGUCCUGUUGUGUGGUGCUGGCUCUCAUUUCCGUGGCAGUUCUGUAGCAGUUCUUCACUGCACCGACCACGGCUCAGAAAGGGAAAACACCCCAGGGGGGUGACGGGCUCUGCCUGCAGGGUUCGGAACCGCGGCUGCUCUUUGCAGCGUUGAAACUGGAAGCAAUACCACAAUGACUGUGCCAAUGCACUUCUGCCCAAUUUGUGUAUUUUUAUUUAUAUAGGAAGUUAGUGUUAAUAUCAAAUGACUCGUCUAUCGUUUGUAACCACGAAAAAGGCCUUUGCUUUGGUUACUGUGCCAGGUUGUUGCUUUUAGUAUCUGGUGACAAUGCUCAGUUCUAGUGUCACGUUAUCUAACAUGCAGGCAUGUGGAUCAGGGAAAGAAAAGUUAAUUUAAGUUAACCCAUUAAUUGUUUCUGUUAAGUAUGAAUAUGUUUUCCCCAAAGCUGGUAAUUUUGGGCUGGAAAAGAUAGCACAUCUUAUUGCUGCUGCUGAAAUCGUGGACUGGUUUGAAAUAUGAGAAUUGAUUUCUUGCAUUUCUUUUGAUUUUGCAAUUAAGUUUUGUCAAGUAGUCUUAUGUUUUCAGAAAUUAAGUGUUACCAAAAGGUUUUUCCCAGGGGUCUUGGUUGGGUUUGUUUAGUUUUGGGGUUUUUUACUUUGUUAUUUUUUAAUAAGCCUUAUCAUACUGAAAGAAGAGCCUUGCAAAAUCUGGCUGUGGAGGAGGCUUCUGAUUUCUGCUCACAGUCGGGUCACAACACCCGGCUCUCCCAUUUCCUACAUGAAAAGGUACAGUGAGACAACCUAAGAGCAAACUGGCAAAACUUUACCUUGGGAGUUCAUGCUCUUUCGGUGUCCAGCGGAUCGGAGAGACCUCUCUGAGACCGCAGCUUCCAGGAAGGGGAAUCCAAAGUACUAACCCUGUCACCUAAAGAGAUGCAGGGGAUUUGGGUGGUCCGUGUGUCUCCAGUUGGGGAGGGGAAUGUGCAUCAGCUCAUUGGCAUUCAGAAACUACUUUUCUCAUGUUUUUUUCUAACUCGGAAUAGGUUUUUAAGUAGAAUUUUAAGAAGUAAAGCAAACUAUGAAAUAAGUUUCCAGAGGUGGACAAGAAAUAACUGUUACUGGAUCAGUUUUGGCUUUGUGUUUGUGUGCUUUGUCCGAAACCAAAUUGAGACACAUCUAUUACCUGCUGGUGGUGUUCUUGCACAGUGAACAAGCCGGGGCAGUAGCUAAGUUGUUUCAGGCUGUAUCUGAACGCUGCUAUUCCCCAGUAUAUUGGGUAAGGGCAAACCCAGCACCGGUGGCUGCCGAGCCCACUGCUGUCUCCACCGACCCUCACUGCUCACGCCAAUCGCCACGCACCCUGUGAAGCAAAACUGCGGCUUUCUUGUUGGCCACAAGGUGGUGGAACCACAGUGUGUUCAUGGGAGGUGCAGUAUUGUUACAGUUUAUUAAUUUUACCUGUUUUAAAAUCUGUUUUAUGGUUGGUUGUUAGUUUUCUAUGAGUUUAUUUAAAACAAUGUACUGUUCUUUAAAGCAUACAUGGAUCUCCGAAUCUGUCUGUCACCCCUGUCACACUGGAAGGCAUCACAACGUGUUCACUUAUCUCAAUACGCCUUUCUUUCAAGCAUGUAUAAAAUGUACAAUGACCAACGUGGCUUUUAAAAAUGUUUAAAAUCUGAUGGGAAAAAACCCCCAACCCUCUCUGAUUCCUCCCCAGUCAAUCCUUUUCUUUCAAUGCUUUGGCCAUCUGCUGGGGUAAUGUUAUCACAUGUGGCAUUUGUUAUGGAUAGCUUAGUAAGAAAUGGGAAAUGUCUUAAGAAAAAAUUCUCCCUAUUCUCUUUUUACUUGAAUUCAAGAAGAUGGGGACCUGCAAUAACAAGGACCAAUACAUUCAUGCUAGAUUUAAGGGAUCUGCUUCUGUUCCUUGAUGAAGAAAAGUCUGAAAGGGCGAUUCCUAAGUGGAUACAAUCAAAUUCAUCGCAUUUUUUGAUGCAGUUAGUAAGUCACCUGUUUAUUUCCUCUUACAUUUGUUGUCCAGGUAUGUUUUUCUUUCUAAACUCUCUUAACAUUGUUGUAGUUCCAUUAUCGGAAAAUGAUUCCGAUGCCAUUCACCUCCUUUAGCCUAAGGUAGGUGCAGCAGGGAUGCUGGAGCUGUAGACGGGCAUUAGCAAUUCUCUGUUCUGUACUGGAUGAAAAGUGUUGCCAUGCAUUCUAGGUUAUUUCUCAAUGAACAGAAUUAAAUACAUGCAUUGUCCUUCAAACAAAAAGAAGCAAUAAAGGAAGCACUUAAAGUUCAUGAUGAUUCCUUAACAAGGUUUUAGGGAAGAAAAGCAACACAAAUGGAAGAGAGGAGCAUGAAUAGGGAUCGCUUGGGUCACAUGGUCCAGAAUGAUAAAGAAGUCUUCAUUUCACAUUCUAGAAGGUGGCUUCUGCCCUAGCUCACAUAAGCAAAGACUGGCUGGCCAGUAAGUGAACACUCGUAUAGCAACCCGAGGAAUCUGGCUACUGUUGCCUCUCAGUUCUGAUGUCCUGCCAUGCCUCUUUCUUGCCACUCAAAAUUCACAGCUAAGAAAGCAAAGCUGAGCCCUUGCUCACUGUGUCUUUCCCCCACUGAGCCAAUAGAUGGGGAGGAACAAUAGAGUCGGGGAUUACUGUAGGUGAAACACCACUGCAAGCAAGAAAAAGCCAACAGAACCACAAAUUUCAAUAUUGUUUAAGAUGAAAGUUGUGUAUCUGGGCUGUGAGGAUGAGAUGGUUGGAACUGCAAGAUCAAAGCAAACUGGAGUACAUGCGCUGUCUUGAUUCUCCUUCUUCUGUGACCAUACCACUCAAUUUAGGCCUUCCACGUCAAGCAAAUCCAUAAAUGCCAUUGCCAAGAAUUAGAACAUUAUGAAAUGACCUAGUUUGCCUCCCCUGUGGGUUCUCUGAUGUGUUGCCAUCCCCUAGUGGAGCUGCAGGAGAGCACUGUGAAAACAGGCAGGGGAACCAUCUGACUAUUUUCCAUGCCAUUUAUUUCCUACUGUCAUGUUUCACCUUGCAGUGAGACAGACCCCUCUUUUGCCAACAGAAACCACGGAGAGCUGUAGGAACUCCCACAGUGGGAGGUUCCAUUUGGAGCAGCGCUGUCCCUGGAGCCAGCUAAAAUAAUUCCGGUCUCCUGGUGCAGAAAGGACCGGGUAUGGCUAAAGCUCUGGGCUCACAUAGGCCUGAGAGUCAAAUAAGGUGCUGCUAUUGACAUGUUUGGGAAUUGAUAUGAUUAGAGUCCCCAGCCACAGCAGAAGCAUCUGCUCUAUUGCUUGGUCUCAACUGCAGUCACAUUCAGAUCUUCCCAUCAAAAAUGGUUCAUCAAUGGAGAAAGCUUUUGUAAUUUUCCACUAGAGCUUUUGUUCAGCUGUUGUGGCCUCAUUCCCUGAGGACCCAGGCCAUUCCACAGAGGAAGGAACCGCUGCUCUAAUCUGCAGAGCGGUUUGUAUGACAAGGCCAUAUGAAAUCCCCGUGGCUGCAUGCAAGGCUGAGCUCGUGCACCCAACAGCUUCUCUCCUGCAAGAAAAACGGAGCUGCUUGCUGCAGGUGACACAGAGCACACUCACAGCGGCCACAGCCUGUGCUGCUCAGGGGUUCGCAGCUCCCCUGGGGUGCUAUGAGGCAGUUAUGGGACGAGACUCGGCCAGAUGCUUCUACUGUGCCUAACUGGAUCAUAGAUGCCAAUCUACACCAAGUAGCUCAAAUUUCUGCCAUUUGAGUCUGAUUUUGGGAGAAACUUGGACUACCCUAACUCUAGGAAUUAUAGAAAUAGCUGAAGACUGAGCCAUAUCUAAAAACUAUUUCAAAUCCAGCAGUGGCACAGUGGAAGCUGCCAUGGCAGAAGGAUAUUUCUUCACAACAGCCCCUUCUGAUCCUUCUCUGCUGCUUCUCCCACCCCAAGGGAAAUCUUGGCUUGGAUUUCAGUUACGUACAAAAACUUGCGGAAGCCACUUAGUAAUGGUGAUGUACUUGGAUAAAUCUUACCUACACAGGGACCGAUGUUUCAAGAGCUGGGAUAGCAGGACUAACCAAGCAAAACAGGGUAAGGCAUUGUGUCAGAUGACUGAGAAGCAUGACAAUGAAACAGCGAAUUUAAGUGUGAUCUCACAGCAGGACACUGCAAAAUGCUGUCCUUUCUGUGUCUGUCCAGCGAAAUGAAUAUAAUGAAGCCUUCUCUUGCCUACGCAAGUUGUGUAGCUUGUUCUUAUCUCUAGUAUUACAAGUGUUUAUAAUCUGUGAAGAAUUCCAGGGAAAGGAGUUAAGACUAUUUAUUUAAAUAUAAAUACAAUUAAAUUAUAUAAUUACUGCUAAAUUAUCAGGCGUAGAAGACAAACAACUUGUUAUUGUUUGGAUAAUUCUGGGUUUCAGCAGUUAAUACUGUUGGUGUUGUUCUAACACUACAAUGUUAGGGAGUCAGGUUCUGACAUUUCAUACUGCUGCUGCUCAUGCUUCAGUAUCUCCUAGUGCUCUUUUUGGAAAAGAAAUCCGAAUCCUAAUAGUUCAGUACUGAAAGGUGUCAAAACUGUACUGGUAGAGAUACCUCAGUUCGGGCCCAAAGAGAGGGGGAAAAGGAAAGGGAAAAAAAGAGGGGAGGGAAUUGUCAUUCUGAGUAUUUUUUUUUUAAUUUUCUGAGAAAGGUGGGAAGAAAAAGGGAUCCAAAACUGUAUUUGAGGGGAAAAAAGCCUAAGGCAUUUGUAGCCUUUCUUUGUACACACUGUUAAAUAAAAUCUCCUGU